AUGCAUGAGGCAGUCCAUCAUCUGAAGCAGUUGGAGAAGCCGAGAAAAGCAGACCGAUGGAAGAGUCGAGUCUCGGCUGAACAGGUAACUCGAGUAGAGAAGAUCUUAGGCUAUACUACAUGGGCAACCUUUGUUUCAACAACAGCAGCCACUUUUGCCAUGCGAAAGGAUCCCCUGAUGAAACCUCCGGAUCAGAAAAAGACUGCAGCAUGCCCAGGUGACGCCGGGGAAAUGUGGGUACCAUACCCUCAAGAAGGCCCAUCUGUGGUUGCUCAUGUUGAUUGCCAUCUUCGAUAUCUUGGAAGGCUGUUCGAGAUUUGCUUCAACAUUAGCGAAUACCUCUUCACCCAGGAACAAGAUGAGAAGGCAUUCUGGACCCGAGAUACUCUGGAGGAUCUUCAUAACGAGUUGGUAGCAUGGUAUGAAAGUUUGAUCGGCUGUCUACAGAUCGACUCUGUCAAAGCACCCCAUACAUUAAGUGUGCACGCUCAAUACCAUUGGUCUGUCAUGGUUCUAUCCGAGCUGAACUUCACGUCUCACCUCGACGACGAAGACGAUGCCACCGUUGCCCUACUUGUUCCUGUAAUUCAGGCUCAACACAUGGCUGCCGCGCUGGCCAUCGCCGACCUCAUCCAUCGCCAAUGCAUACACUGGGGUGUAAGUCAUGUUCCGACCAGCUUUCUCCAGCCCAUCAACGCCGCUAUUCCGGUGAUAACCAGCGACUUGGAGCCGGCUGAACACAAAUCAGCAUUUGUCAAACUCGCCAUAGGUCUCCACAGCCUGGCACGUAGAUCCGUGUCAGCUGAGAGCGUCCUCCGCAUGCUAAGGUUACGUCUACGGCAAAAACGACUUAUGGCAUCUGGUGAUAUCGAUCGACUCUUCGCCGAGGCUUCCGAACAGUGGAAAGCGAGUUUGUGGACUCCACCGCCACAGACGAGACACGAGAGCUCGAGCAACCCGAACCCGGGCUUCACUAUGGCCACCAGUGCAAACGUCAUGGACGGCGAUUACCCGGACGGCGAGGGAUCCCGUCAUCCCGUGACCGACGGAGGUGGGACACUGGAUGAGAGCUAUGAUCUGCUUGUCAGCAAGUGGAAUAACUUCAAUCUCAGGGCGUUUUCGAGUAGUAGCUCAUCGUCGAAUUAA